UUGAAAUCAGUGCAGAUCGACGGUCGAAUCAAUUACACUUUGAAUUUCUUCUAACUUUAUUCAUAAAGAAUCAUUUUGAACAAUCUAAUUCGAAUAUUUCUUUGAAAAAUUGUCAUUGUACGGAACGCAACAAUGUAUUUAGUUUAUUUGGUGAUUGCACUGCUGGCUUGCGCUCAUGCCAAAUCAGUUGAGAGAGAAACGAAAAUUGUUGGUGGUGAAAAAGCGCCGCGUUCAUAUCCAUACCAAAUUUCAUUGCAAGUUAAAACUCCAGAGUAUCUUCCGUUUUGGUUGCCGAUCCCCACAGGUAAAUACAAAUACUCACAUAACUGUGGCGGUUCAAUCAUAGAAAAAAACUAUGUCUUAACGGCGGCUCACUGUGUUGUUGACUAUGAAGCUCAAGAUUUGUCAAUUUGGGCUGGAACUAAUAAAUUGGAUGGCAAAGGAGAAAGAUAUUUUGUCGAAGAGAUCACAGUACAUGAGAAUUAUAAAGAAUUGGUUACAAGUGACAUUGCUCUUCUCAAAAUAAAUGGCGCAUUCAAUUAUAGCUCAACCAUUGCAUCAAUCAAAUAUUCAAAUCAAAAAAUUGGCGGAGGAGUGAUCACCACACUUACUGGAUGGGGAUAUACAAAUCAAUACCGCGAAGGUAAGCCAGCAAAUGACUUACAACGGAUCUACUUACAAUCAAUCACCAAUGAUCAAUGUCGAGCAAAGGGUCAAAAUGUGACUAAUACGGAAACCUGUACGUCGGCGCCACCGAAGAAAGGCGCUUGUGGCGGAGACUCUGGUGGACCGUUGGCCAUUGGAGAUGGCAAAGAAGUUGUUGGCAUAGUUUCGUACGGUACCUCAGUUUGCGCACUCGGCUAUCCUGACGUUUUUACACGUGUUUCAGAAUUUUACGGAUGGAUCAAAAAUAAUACUGAUCACCGAUACGAACUAAAUCGAAAUAAUCAAGCAUUCUGCCAGAAUAUUAGUCGUACACGAAACGCAAUGAUGCAAUUUGUUUGUUUAUUGAUUUCGCUUCUGUUGGCUUGGACUUAUGCCAAUUCUGAUUCAGUUGAAAAAGAUGGCAGAAUCGUCGGUGGUGAAACAGCGCCGCGUCCAUACCCAUAUCAAAUUUCAUUGCAAGUUAAAGUGCCAGUUUACAUUGCAUUUUUCCCAACCGGUCGAAAUGAAUUUACGCAUAAUUGUGGCGGUUCCAUUAUAAAAGAUAACUGUGUCUUAACGGCAGCCCAUUGUGUCGUUGACUACAAGCCUCAAGAUUUGUCCAUUUUGGCUGGAACAAACAAAUUAAGAGGUGGCGGUGGAGAAAGAUAUUUUAUACGAGAUAUUAAAGUGCAUCCAAACUAUAAAGAAUUAGUUACGAGUGACAUUGCUAUAAUGAAAAUAAAUGGAACUUUUGCAUUUGGAGAGAAAAUUGCACCAAUCAAAUAUUCAAGUCAAAAGAUAGACGAAGCCAACGUCAAUUGCACGCUCACCGGUUGGGGAUAUACAAAUCCAUUCCGCGUUGGUUUUCCACCGAAUGACUUACAACGUGCAUUUUUACCGACAAUCACCAAUGAUCAAUGUCGAGAAGAUGGAAUGAACGUUACCAAUACGGAAAUUUGCACAUAUUCACAUUUUCUACAAGGAGCUUGUGGCGGAGAUUCUGGCGGACCGUUAACUAUUGGGGAUGGAGAAGAGGUGGUCGGUGUAGUGUCAUAUGGCACAGCAAUUUGCGCGAUGGGACGGCCCGAUGUUUAUACUCGUGUCUCAGAAUUCGAGGAUUGGAUCACUGAAAAUUGUGCAGAUUAACUCCAAAACAUCACGGU